AUGUCACCCGCCGCCACCGAACCCCCAAAGCAACGGGGCAUCCGCAUCGCCAUCGACCGCGGUGGCACCUUCACAGACUGUGUCGGCAACUACAACGGCAAGGAUGUAGUGAUCAAACUGCUGUCAGAGGACCCAGCCAACUACCAGGACGCGCCGCUGGAGGGUAUCCGGCGGAUUAUGUCGCACUUUCUCGGGGGCGACGAGAUCCCGCGCGGCCAGCCGCUCGACACCAGCCGCAUCGACUCGAUCCGCAUGGGCACCACCGUCGCCACCAACGCCCUGCUCGAGCGCAAGGGCGAGGCCAUCGCUCUCAUCGUCACCCGCGGCUUCGCCGACUGCCUGGUCAUCGGCAACCAAUCGCGCCCCAAGAUCUUCGACCUCGCCAUCCGCAAGCCCGAGGUUCUCUACUCGAGCGUCGUCGAGAUUGACGAGCGUGUCACGCUCGAGGACUACGCCGAGGACCCCGCGCGGGCUGUCACUAGGGCCGACGCCCGGGUCGGAAGCGCCGAGGCGGAGGGUGCGGAGCUGGUGAUGGGGCUGUCCGGGGAGGCGGUGCGGGUUCUGCGGAGGCCACGGCGGGACGCGGUCCGGGAGCAGCUGCAGAAGGUGUUUGACAGCGGCAUCCGCAGCAUUGCCGUGUGUCUGAUGCACGCGUAUACCUUCCCCGGGAACGAGGCGCUGGUCGGGGAGGUGGCGAGGGAGAUUGGCUUCGAGCAUAUCUCGCUGAGCCACGAGCUCAUGCCCAUGAUCAAGCUGGUUCCCCGGGCGACGUCGGUGUGCGCCGAUGCGUACCUGACCCCGGCGAUCAAGCGGUAUAUCUCGGGCUUUCAGCAGGGGUUUGAGGGUGGGCUUGGCACGAAGAGCGUCACGCAGGAGAAGGGCAGUAAGGGUGCGCGGUGUGAGUUCAUGCAGAGUGAUGGUGGGUUGGUGGAUGUGGAUAGGUUUACGGGUUUGAGGGCUAUUCUUUCGGGGCCUGCGGGUGGUGUGGUUGGGUAUGCCAUUACUUCGUACGAUGAGAAGACGAAGAUCCCUGUGAUCGGCUUCGACAUGGGCGGCACUAGCACAGAUGUCUCGCGGUAUGGCGAGGGGCGGUAUGACCACACAUUUGAGACCACCACAGCCGGGGUUACCAUCCAGUCACCGCAGCUAGACAUCAACACUGUUGCUGCCGGUGGUGGCUCCAUGCUUUUCUUCCGGAACGGUUUGUUUGUGGUUGGACCCGAAUCCGCCGGUGCCCACCCCGGACCGGCAUGCUACCGGAAAGGGGGCCCUGCCACCGUUACAGACGCCAACCUAUUUCUGGGCAGGCUUCUGCCAGAAUUCUUUCCCAAGAUCUUUGGCAAGAACGAGAAUGAGGGGUUGGACCCAGAUGCUAGCAGAAAGGUGCUGCAGGAAUUGGCCGACCAAAUCCACAGAGAGACCGGCAAGGAGAUGGAUGUUGAUGAGGUUGCUUAUGGGUUCCUGACUGUCGCCAACGAGGCCAUGACGCGACCCAUUAGAAGUAUCACUGAAGCCAAGGGCCACGACACAUCGAAACACCGUCUGGCCACGUUUGGUGGCGCGGGCGGCCAGCAUGCUGUUGCCAUUGCUGAGUCGCUUGGAAUUAAGCAGAUCCUGAUCCACCGUUAUUCUUCGGUUCUUUCUGCUUACGGUAUGGCAUUAGCCGAUGUCGUUGAUGAGAGGCAAGAGCCCGACUCUGCUGUCUGGACUGGCCAGGGGGAGGUGGUGGACCAACUGAAACAAAAGAUGGAGGGCCUCAAAGAAAAGUCUCGUGAGGCUUUGAGGGAUCAGGGCUUCGACGAUGGAGAGAUAGUUUUUGAGGAGUAUCUCAAUAUGAGGUACCGUGGCACCGAGUCCGCCCUGAUGAUCAUCAAGCCUGAUGCUGAGCGCGAGUGGGACUUUGGCACCGCCUUUGUCGACCACUCAUACGUCGUCAAGGGGCCUGCUAUGCUGGCGGACGGCACCCAGACCAUUGUGGUCACCCCUAAUGCGACGGCCCUCGUUCUCGAGACACAUGUCGUGAUUGACAUUCCCGAGACUGAAAAGGACAAGGCCUCAAAGGCAGCAGAAGAACGUGAGGUGGACCCCAUCAUGCUCAGCAUCUUUGGCCACCGGUUUAUGGCCAUUGCCGAGCAGAUGGGAAGGGCUCUGCAGAAAACCAGUGUCAGCACCAACGUGAAGGAGCGGCUAGACUUCUCCUGUGCCAUCUUUGACGAACAUGGCGGUCUGGUUGCCAACGCUCCUCACUUGCCUGUCCACCUGGGUUCCAUGUCAACUUGUGUCCGGCGCCAGGCUGAGAUCUGGAAAGGCAAGCUCAGCAAGGGGGAUGUCAUCAUGUCGAAUCACCCAUCCUACGGCGGUACCCACCUUCCUGAUGUCACCCUCGUUAUGCCGGCCUUCAACGAAGCCGGGGAUAAGAUUCUAUUCUACGCUGCGUCACGGGCACAUCAUGCGGACAUUGGAGGCAUCACCGCUGGCAGCAUGCCGCCUCAUUCCCGAGAACUCCACCAGGAAGGGGCAUCUAUCAAGAGCGAGAAGUUGGUCAGCGAGGGCAAGUUUGACGAGGAGCGCGUCAUCGAACUCUUCUACAGGGAACCUGCCCAGCAGCCGGGCUGCAGUGGUACACGCUGCCUCGCAGACAACAUCAACGAUCUCCGCGCCCAAGUGCGCAACCUCCUGCGGACCGUCCACAAACGCUUCCAGGGCAAGGAUCUCUCCUCAGAGGACUUCAUGGACGACGGCAGUCCAAUCCGGCUCCACAUCACCAUCGAUGCAGACAAGGGCGAGGCCGUCUUCGACUUUGCGGGCACGGGGCCCGAGGUGUAUGCCAACAUCAACGCGCCCGAGGCCAUCUCGUACUCAGCCAUUAUCUACGCGCUGCGGUGCAUGAUCUCGGAGGACAUACCUCUCAACCAGGGCUGCCUGAAGCCGAUCACGGUGAAGAUCCCGCCCAAGUCGCUGCUCUCGCCCUCGGACAACGCGGCCGUGGUCGGCGGCAACGUGCUCACGUCGCAGCGCGUGACCGACGUCAUCCUCAAGGCCUUCGAGGCCUGCGCCGCCAGCCAGGGGUGCUGCAACAACCUGACAUUUGGCUUCGGCGGCAACGUCACGGGCCAGGACGAGGUGCGCGGCUUCGGCUACUACGAGACCAUCGCGGGCGGCAGCGGCGCGGGGCCGACCUGGGAGGGCACCGACGGCGUGCACGUGCACAUGACCAACACGCGCAUCACCGACGCCGAGAUCUUUGAACGCCGCUACCCGGUCCUGCUGCGCGAGUUCUCCAUCCGCCAGGGGUCAGCGGGGCGCGGCCAGCACCGCGGCGGCCACGGCGUCGUCCGCGACAUCGAGUUCCGCAUCCCCCUGCAGGUCUCCAUUCUCAGCGAACGCCGCGUCUACCGGCCCUACGGCAUGGCCGGCGGCGAGCCCGCCCAGUGCGGCCUGAACCUGUGGGUGCGCAGGGUCAAGAAGGCUAGCUGGGAGAGCAGUCUGCGGAAGCUGAAGCUAGAGGGGAGAGGAGGCCGCGGUCAAGAUGCCGGCGUCAAUGCCGAUGCCGAGACGGACGCUGACGCUGACGCUGACGCCGAGUACGAAGAGCGGUUUAUCAACCUCGGGGCUAAGAACAGCGCGCCCAUGCAGGCGGGCGACCGCAUCAUCGUGCACACGCCGGGCGGCGGCGGCUGGGGCAAGGUUGGCGAGGAGAAGGCCCUCGGCCAGAAGGCGGAUCCGACGCAGAACUGGAAGAAGGGGUCGCAUGCCGCAAGGGAGGAAGCGGCGCUGCAGGUAUGA